AGAUAAACGGGCACAUUUUUAUAGAACAAACAAAAGAGACGAAAACCCAUCUUCCCCUUCAUCAUCUAUCUAUCCGUUUAAACCAGAAGAAUGUUGCAAGCACAACACAGCUCAUUCUCCAUCUUCCCCUUUCUUCACCCUCUCAAACCAUCAUUUGCACCCUCUAAUCUCUCCGUCUAUAGUCCCAUCAAGCCUCUGCGCCCUGCGCGAGCCCAAAAUAUCCGCCCGGCGCCGCCGGAACCAUGGCUGGCAGAUGCCCAGGACGAGCCCACCACGCCUACUGUAGACGCUCCCUCGCCUCUUCUUUCAGAGGAAGGGCCUAUCGAGCUCCCGUCUUCAGCUCCCUCCAUUUUUGCAUCCUCAGACGACCCUAAUCCUAUCCAAUCCUCCGCCACUCUCCUCCUCACUGGCUCCCUCUCCGUCUUCCUCUUCAGGCUUCUCCGCCGCCGUGCCAUACGUGCGAAAGAAAUGGUCAAGCCAGCGUUUCUUCCCUUUUAAAACUUUAUGAACUUCUGGAUUUUGAUUUCAGUGUUUUGAACCUUAUGCAUUGAUCACAUCUUGUUGGGAUUAGAGACUUAGGUCAUCGGGAGUGAAGAAAAUAUCAAAAGAAGAUUCAAUUGAGACUCUGAAAGCAAUUACGCCAACGCCUAUUGAUCCGCAGGCUUCACCCAGAGAAGCAAUCGUGGGUGGUUUGAUUGCAGGCGUUGUUGCGGUAAUCCUAUACAAAUUCACUACAACUAUUGAGUCAUCUCUCAGUCAGCAACCGCUCUCGGACAAUUACUCGGCUCGUCAGAUAACAAUAACAAUAAGAACAAUCAUUAACGGCUUGUGCUACCUUGCAACAUUUGUGUUCGGCAUGAACUCCAUAGGAUUAUUCCUCUACUCUGUGUAUAUUACCUUGAACUCACUGUCCGGAGAUUCUACUACAAGUCAAGACACAAAAAAAGAAAGAGAUGAACAGCUGAGUUCUGAGACUCUUGUAAAUAGAAGUGAGGGCAACAUCAGUAGAGAUGACAUAGCUUCAGAUAGUCCAAAUUAGUUUUCGGAAAACAAUAGGAGCAAGGAGGGGUUAGGAAUUGGUUCAGGGAAUUGUAAAAUUAUCUCAAAUCUACUUUCACUCGGAUAUAAGUUAGAGACAGUUUUGCCCCCUUGAACAUUUUCCUAACGCUCUCCCUGUGUUAUGGGGGUGUGUUUGGAUUUGAUUCUUAAAACUGCUUCUGCUCCUUCAGGGUGCAGAAGUAGAAGUUGAAGUGUUUCUGAUGCUCUUAUUUACUUCCAGAAUCAGUUUUUUUAGAAGCUGGGGGAGAUCAGCUUCUGAAAACUGAUUCUGAUUUUGCUUCGCUCUAAAAAAGAAGCAGAAGCAAUUUCAAACACCGCUAUAUCAUUGUCUUUAAUUUAAGGUAUUAAGAGAAAAUGAACAGAUUCAGUUCCUGAUUUUGUAUUUUAUAGGCAGAACAAUGUAAUGCAACUUAUACAAGUAGGUGAUAUGCCUUAGCGUAAUUGGCCUCUUGGAGCUCUU